AUGCAGAAAAAUGUCUUAAACGAGACUGAUAUCAAAGAGUUGGGAGAAAGAAAUGAAUUGCUGCUUCGCGAAAUGGAGCGCUUCGAUCGACUGACGAAAAGCAUUCAGAAGCUGGUGGGUGCUGAAGUUGAACAGCUGAAGACGAAAUAUCACGUUUCAAGGACCGAGGAUUGUGCAGACAGUUUAUUCGAACACGCAAUGCCGAUCUUUAAAAUGGGUCAUGCCGAAACGUUUUUGAGGACUGGCAGAAGCAUGAAUACAUCGGCCGCACUUGGGGGUGGUGGAUCAAUCCCUCGUAGCAAAUCUGAAAUUGAUCUCACCCGGAAAUUGAGUGAAAGCUACGAUAUGCAAGAGAAGCUAGUUGCUGAUAAUGCCGAUUUAGAGGUCAAAAGAUACAUCUUAUACAAGGAGCUAAUGACAAAGGAUCAGAACUUAGAAACUUGCCGUGCUCAAAUAAAGAGACUACAGGGGGAGUUAAAACUGUUGAACAUCGAAAACUCGGUCCUUACUGAGAAAUUGAAUAAGAAUAAUCCUGAGGGUGAUGCGACGGUGAUGUGUCAAAAAGUAACAAACCAAAAAGAAAUUGAAUCCUGUGAACAGAAGGGAGAAAAUAUUGAAGUGAAAAAUCCUCAAGAGCUCAUAGAUAAACUUGACAGUUACAAAAGUUCCACCACAAAUCUCGAAAAGCAGAUAGGCGAGUUAGAGUUCGAAAUCCGAUACAUAAAAACGGAAAUGGAUUCAUUGAAGGAUAAGGCGCCAGGCAGCGCUUGCCGAGGCAGCAGUCCAUCUGGCCCGAACACGUGUUUCAAACAACCACCUAACGGACCUCCGGUUCCUCCUAUGUCAAGAGCCUGCGGAGUUUGUCCUCCAUGUCCUGCACCAUGCAAUCCCAAUGCUCCUCCGACGCCAGCAGAGAAAGAAGUGCAGAAGCUAUCGAUCCAACUGCAACAAACUCAAGAAAGUUUCAAAACCAAAGUUGCUGAGUGCGCCUUGCUUCGUGCAGAGCUUCUCAAGAAAAAAGAGGAGUUAGAAAAAGAGCGAUGUCAACACCGAGAAGUUGAAAACAAGUUGCGAGAGUUGGAAAUGAAGUUUGAAGGACUAGCUACUCACACAAAUAUGUUGCUAGGCACAAAAGAAGAAGCAUUGGAGCAGGAGGUGAAUGUUAGAAGGUUGAAACAAUGUUACAGAGAAGCCAGAGAAGAAAUAGACGAACUGCGUAUAUUGAUGAAGGAACAGAACGAUCAACUUCAGGACUAUAGAGUGAAAUACCUUCAAGCGCAACAACUUGUCGAAGAGCAGAAGAGGCAAAUGGACAUGAUGGAUAUGGAUAACACAAGAAUAAGUGAACAAAUAAAUCUUGAGAUACAAAGAGUGAAGAUAAAAUUCCAAGAAAAGCUACAAGAAUUGACACCUAUCCCAGAUUUAUUGAAAGCUACACAGAUGAGGCUGAAAGACGCGCAGCAAUCUCAGGCUAUCGCCGAACAUAAUGCGGAGCAGCUGGCCAGAGAAUUGAAUUGCGCUAGAGAAAAGGUCCAUGUACUUUUGCAUAACACCAUCAAACCACCAGAGAAAGCUCCGGAGAAGGGAGCAGAUGAGAAACAAAUGGCUCUCUUACAACAACGAAUUUCACAAUUAACGGAGACUAACAUGGGUCUUAAGAAUGAAAUUGAAAGGCUGAAAGCAAACGUAAUACGCAUGGAAGAGUCCGUGCUAGCGAACGAAAAGCGUCUGCAAGAGAAGAUGCACGAGUGUGCGCAACUCGGCGGAGAAUUAGACAGAUAUCGCGACGAGGCUGCGCGAGCACUGCAACGCGCUAAUGAACGUACAGAGUCCAUACGAAAGUGCAUGCAGACAACUGUUGCUGAGCUGGAAAGACAGCUUGCAGCCUCUAGAGCUCAGGUUAAGAAUGCAGAAAAAGAUCGUGAAGAAGUCCAGUGUCGAAUGCAAUGCCAGAUAAAUCGUCUGAAAGAGAAUUUUGAACAGGCCGAACUGAGAGUUUUAGGUUUGCAGGAUCAGGUCAGGACUCUACGUCGUACAGUCUCUAGCUCGGAUGCAGACGACGACGGGGAUGUUCAAGAGUGUGCCUGUAAAAACUUCUUCGAAACCCCU